GUCUCUUGUUUUUGCACCCCGAUUUUUCAACUCCUGCUUUUCUACGUAAACUGUAGAUUCAAGUUGUAAGUUCCUCAUUGUUGACGUCGCGCACCUUCAUUCACAUUCACUCGCUGAUGGCAGUGGCACAAGAAGGAAGCAGACGGCAAUAGUGGUGCUGCGCAGCGAUUUACCACAAUAAACACCAAGCAGAACAACUUUUUAUCUUCUAACUUUACUCAAAUUGUUGUAUCACGAUCAGCUACAGCUUUCAACAACACGACCUGAAGCCGGUUACUCACUGCAACUACGACCAGCCGGCGCGUCAUCACUGCGAACACCCGGACCUAGUGCUGCGUUAUUCUUGUUGAGAAAAAUAAGUUCAGCAGCAACACCUCCAGAGAACAUGAAAAUGAAACUCCAGCGACACGACGAACAGCGUCACGCGGCUCCUCUCCCGGGAGUUGCAAGAGCAGGUCGUCUUGUUUCAGUUUCUCGUGUCGCGGUCGCCUCGCAGGUAUUGAUGGACCUCAGGUGGAGCCUGUUCUGCGCUGACACGAUCACGUCUUUUGCCGAGGCCCGGGUGACCGAAGGAAGCACUACGGGCAUCAAAACCGAGGCGACACAAAUCGAACACGAAGAAAAUAUCAAGUGCAAUAAAAAUAGGUCUGGAGGGUGGUCUGGAAAAGACGAGAGUGCAUUAAGAUUAACCUAGAAGCUUGAUGCCAUACUGGGCUGGCAUAGCUCUCAAGUCUGUGGCUAUGCACAUAAUUGCUCUACUCGUCGCGACCCAAAAGGACGAGCUGCCUCGUUUUAUUUCUGUCAUGAUCUUCAUGAAGACGAAACGCAAUGGCAGUUUGCGUUUGCCAUGCUGAAUUUUUAUACUAGACUUCUGACAGGCACAGGUACAAGUUGACUGACGAGCAACGCAAAAACGUGUCAACAUGUUGCGCCGCCAAAUAAAAUUGAGGCGUCGUGGUUCUUGCGAAGAUUUUUGUUCAACCCGUAAUGUUAAAGGACAGAAGUUUUUUACUAGAGUUCCACUUCCAGGCGUAUUGGUAUUUGCGUUCUUCGAUAGAAGAGGAACAUGAAGAAGAGGAAGCGCAGCAACUCGCGGCAACAUUCUUGACGACGAAGACGAAACGGACGGAAACGACCCAGACGAAGCAGGCCCAAUCGCAGCAGAAACAGGGACAAAUGGUGUCGCGCCGGAGUUGGUGGAACUGGAUGAAUCCGAUGAAAUACUUCAGCAAGAAGAAGUUCAAAGACGUCGUUGGCGCCACACCUCUGGGAAUGUGGGGCACGAUGCGCCGAAAGUGCAAGUGUGAAUCGCCGGACGUACGAACUGCAAAUUAUAUGUCUGGGUCUGGAAAACGAAAAUAAAUGUGGAUCCAAAUAAGUUGUCAUGCUGAAUCUGACUCGUACGUCGAAAUACCUGUGUUGCAGGACCCGCAUGAUCAAAAGUAUACUUACUUACCCACGACUUACCGCAACGCAAAAGGCAAGUUUGUUUCCCAUGGGGAAUAGGCAUUAAGAAGGUCGUGCAAAGGUUGUGAUGCUUCAACAUCUGGGUGCAUCUGCAUUCCAGACCAUCAUUGUGAUGCACGAGAUGCAUGCAUGACAACAAGCGGCCGCGCUCUCUUCGAGACCCAGAGAUAAGUAUUUGCAUUUGAUAGGACGGCGACCCGUACAAUGUGAUCCCACUGAAGCACGAAGACCCGAAUCUCGCUCGUCGUGUUGACGUUUUCGCUCUAGCGGGCGGGAACAUGUUCGGAGAGAAUCCUGCGUUGCAGCAGUUUGCCGAAGCGCAGAAACAAGAGCAGAUUCUCACUCGUCCUGCAACAGCAACCGACAGCAUGGAUUCUCACGUGGACAAUGUGAAUCCCAAUGUGGGCAAUGCUCAGUUGGUCCUUGGCGUAAUGCCAAAGAAGGGCGUGUGCGACGGGGUUUGGGCCUGUGCGCUGAAGGGAACCUGUGGUAAGAUGAACGGAGGGCGACUCGCACUGCAUCCGACGGGAAUCAGAUAUGGAGUUCUCAAAUGUUACAUUCUCAACUGUUACAGGAAUUUGUAAUGCAAGAACGGCGAAAGUGAAAGGGGGAAGAUAGCUCCUUUUGCAUUACAAAGUCCGCACAGAUUUACAUGCUGUUUAGCCUUCCGGGGAUUUGUCACGCGUAGCCGCUUGUUUAUCUACUGGCGGCUUCAGGUACUUUUGCAUGACAAAUCCAUGCUGAGGUAUGAUGUACGGGUGCAGUCGGGUAUGCAUGACAAAUCCGUGGAACAGUUGAGACUGUAACGUUUGGGAAUGCCAUAUCAGAGCCGUUGUGUCUAUCAAUGACAUGAAAAAGGAAGUGCCGUCGCUUCCGUGGGCGGACAAGUAUAAAGAGCAACGUGCGAUGAACUGCAAGGAAGACACGGAAGUUGGCCGAAUGCCACUUGCAAAUGUGUACCCGGACCUCGCUGAUUGGCAACAAGUGUACCAGUGCCAACCUUCGUUUUGGGGGAAAGGACUCAGGUGGAGGUGGGACUGGAAGUGUUACGAAGAAGACCUCUGCCCCAGCACCCAAGGACCACAGCAACAGCUGCAGGCGGCGGCGGCGACGGCGGCGGCGCCGUGGUCGAUCAAUCAAGAACAUUCACUUUCCCACAAGCAGUUUUGUUGGACCGACCACGUUCCUCUUAACGUCGAGGCAAUCGACGCUGCGGCGGAACAAAUCAGAGAAUUUCUCGUCGCAGGAAAAAGCACCUACGUCCACUGCAAGGCGGGCAUGGCGCGGUCGGCCAUGGCGGUCAUCGGUUUUUUGAUGAAGUACGGAAAGUGCUUCGAUGAGGAACAGGGAGAGGGGGGCGCAGACCGGCCACUGCAGGUUUGAAUAUAGGUCUCAGCUUUCGAGCUUUCGCCUUUUCGCAACGUACUGACAAACUGUAAACUGCAGAGAGGCGACGGGCUGAAGGCCCGCGAGCUGCUAAGUUUGGCCUUUACGUUUGGCCUUUUGUAGCGUGUUGGCAGGCUGGGAGCUGCAGAGCACGCGCGGGCUGACGGCCUACAGGCUGCCCAGCUGCGCGGGCUGAGGGGCUGCGAAGUCAAGUACAAGUGUGCGCAGCUGCGCGAACUGCUUCCGCGUUCGCGGGGCACUGAGUAAAAAACCAAGGCGCGGCGCUUCGUUUUUUUGUGUUUGGGCACGGUCGCCGAACUGACUGCCCGCGGACGGUGGGGCGCUGGUGGAGUGCGCCAACUGCCUGCGCGCCUGCGUAGGCCGCGCGUGUCGGUUCCGAUCGCUCGUGGGAAACAAAGAGAAAGCGUGGGGCGGUGGGGCUGCGGCCCAUUGGAUAGAGCGCAAGAAAUUGGGGGGGGGGGGUCGGGGGGGGGGAAACGGGGCAAGGGCAAGGCAUAGCCUGCACGCCCCGCGUCCUUUUGCUCGACAGUUUCCUUUUUGUUUUCCUCGCUUCUCUAUCUUCCCGCCCUCUUCCGUUUCCGUCCGACACUCCUUCUCGCCCCGCGCCCUUAGGCAGUUCGAAGGAACCCCCGGAAAGAAAAGAACUUCUCUCCUCUUGUCAGUUCGACCCCCUAGAAAAAAAGAAGUUCGCUCUUCUUUUCAGUUCGAUCCCCUAGAGAGGAAAGAGGUUCCUCCUUGCAUGUAGUUCGUUUUCGCAUACUAAGUUUUCAGAUUGUAGUAGCUCGUUGAUUCGUUCCUGUUGUAAAACUUCAACUUGAAAACUGAAACCGCUACAGGUUUGGGAAGCGGUCGCGUACGUGACGCACUUUCGUCCGAUCGUCAACGUGGCCUACAAUUGGCCGAAGAUGGGAGGUAUGCAUCACAAAUAUGUCCGGGUCGGGACGAAGGGCGCAACUUGCUAUGCGCAUUUCAGACAACACAAAAAGCUGUCGUGCAUGAACAGCAAAUGCGGCUCAACACUUGCCACCAGAAGUAAAAGAAGGAUGAAGUUGUCAACAUUCGGUCUAGGCAUAGAGACGACAUCACCUUCUCAAGAUGUGUCAUGCUGGGGCUUGUUUCAUGCGAGAUCUUCUGGGUCAGGGUCACGCAUAAAACCUGCAUGGCUCGAUGCUAUUAGGCGUUUCAUUGUUCAUAAAACCUGCAUGACAAAUUUCUGCCUUCUUCCAGACGACCCAGACAUAUUUGCCAUGCAUAGGGCAACUGAUCAAGUACGGUGCGGCGCUCGAGGCUUUGAGGGGAAAAAAAGAUGGAGAAGAAGCAGGUGCGGGAGCUGGAGAAACACCUUCAGCAGUUGGUCAAAUUCGCAACGACGAGCAUGCAGCAGUCGGCGGCGAUGCUGCUGCAUUUGCACCUGCAAACAUCGAUCCGCGCCACAUCUGGAAGUUGCAGGUCAAGAACUGCAAGGACGAGACCGGCCGCCCCAUUGAAGUUGAGGAACCUGCCGGCGCCGCUUCCUCGGAGGAACAAGCGGCGCAGUCGCAGCAAGCAGGAGACCAAGGGAGAGCGACGCCCGAGUCGCGGGAACACAACCUGUACGGCGCGUUGCGGGCUAUCCUGGAAGAAGAGGUGAAAAUUUGGAAAAAGGUCGUCCAGGAGGAAGGUUUGACUGUUGAGGAGUUCGACGUUGGUUCGUUUUCACGGCGUGGUGUUACUUGGAAUGCACAAGAUGCAGGGAACGGGCAAUGGCUCGAACGAGAAAUCAAAACCGGCGUUGACAAAGGCGUCAUUUCCGCGACGGCUGCGAAGAAACUGCGGAAGGGCAUCUUCGAGCGGGAACAAACGGAAGGGACACAGCACACACCGCCGCCAGUACAAGCGGCACCUGCUGCUGCUGCUGCUUCUGCUGCUCGUGCCCCUACAGCUCCUGCUGAGCUGCUGCAGGCGGCGUCUAGUGCUGACUCCUUUCUCGAGCUCGACGCGGGCGGGGAUCAUCUUCUUGACCUGGAGCGGCCCCCUACUGCCCAUGGGCGGAUCCUCGGCGCGAACGCUGGGAAGAAGUCCACUGGAGAAGAUGCAGCCGGCGCAGCACACGACGAGCACGACCAACCAGAUCCACUGGUGGGACAAGAAGAUAAAGAAGGUUUUACUUCUUCUGGAGAAAAAAAGUUCCUGGCGCCACUUAAUACACACGACAAAUGAACAACAUUCAUUUAAUUUUAAGUACUUUUACUUAUCAUGCGACGUAGAAGCUCCAGUUCGUCACGAACACGAACACUCAGGGGGUUGCAAAGAUAUCUGUCAUGAUGCACACAAUGUCAUGGGCAAAAUAAAUUGUCACUACAGUCAAAUAUCAUGGUUGUUCAUCCCUAGUAGUCUUUUGCGAAAAUACUUUAAUACAAGAAAGGCUGCCGCGAUGUGAAAAAAACUUUUCAUGCCUCCAAACCUGCAGCCUAGCGAGGGUACGAAAAGUACGACAUGAUAUUGAGGUAGAAUGGUCGUGCCAAAGCCAAAGAUAAUUAUUACCUUUCUACUGUAGGUACAUGUACGUCCAAGACGCAAAGCCACGCAAGAAGCCGCUUUCAAUCAUUCUUUUUCUUCAAGUCUGAAUCACAAUCACUAUCUAUAGUUUUGUUCAGUUCUCUUAUCUUUUCCUGAUCUUCUUGCACUAAGUGAACUCAUUUUUUUGUCGAUUAACGGUGAGGUCGACUGCUCGGCGGAGCCUGUAGCUAUAGUUUCUGUUUCAUCAUCUUGUCAAGCCGAAGCCAUAUUUUGUUUCUACAACUUUCUUGCUCGUCUAGGUCUUUCUCAUAUAUACGAAUCGUUUAUAUUCAUUUUUUAAAUUACUUUCGAAGCUUGUUUGCCAUUCUAGCAGUCGUGCUUUUCCAAAAUCCAUCGGGAUGUUUUCUGAACAAUUGUAAUUCUUGAAGUCGCAGAUUCAUAUGCAUAUCCUUGAAACCCGAGGUGUGCUGCUGUUGUAUCAACACGCUUCAAAACAAAGACAUUGCUCACUUUUUUUCAUUCCAACAAUAGCAGUCGAAGUCUGUCCCGUGGCUGAUUUAACCCGAUGAGUAUCCUUGUGCUUGUUGGUCAUCCCCAAGAUGAACAGUAUGCGGUCGAUAAGCCCCCCAAAAGUUUUUUCGAGUAAUUCUAAUUUUUUCAAAAUGUGACUGUUCCUGUUGCGCAUAGAAUUUUUCGUGUUCACCGCCCGCUCGCUGGUCCAUUUUGAUUUUCGAC